AUGGGAGAGUCGCAAGACGAUCGUGGCGACCGCCGCCGCCGCUCCCCAGACGGCUCGCCCGAUCGAAACCGCGAUCGACGAAAUCGAGAUUCACGGGAUGACCGCCAUCGAAGCUCGCGACGUCGAGAAGAUGACGUUAAAAGCUCCCGCAGAGACAGCCCUCGGCGUCGCCCUUCUCGAAGCCCAUCCGGAAAAGAAAGGAGUCACCGAGAUCGUGACAGCCACCGCCGAGAACGCCGAGACCGAUCUACAAGUGCCGAUGAGGAUCGCCGACGACACCGACACCGCAGCCAUCGACACCGUGAAGACCGCGAUCGCGAUAGUGAGCGAUCGUCUAGAAGACACAGAAGUCCGCGGCGACGCUCCAGAUCUCCACGGAAAUCACCCAGUCCACCCAAGGAUAUACAGCGACGUGGCCCUCUCCCUUCUCAGGGAGAUGCCUUCUCAACCGAAUUGACACAGUCGGGUGAUGGACCCCCACCACCAGAGAAGGAGAAGCCCAAUUUCAAAAAUACUGGACGUCUCGCGGCGGAGAGUAAUAUGAUCCAGGUUGAAGGUGGGGAAGGAAUUGUCUUGAAAUACCACGAACCACCAGAAGCACGCAAGGCACCGUCCAAAGAACCCUGGCGGUUGUACGUCUUUAAGGGAGAUGACCUGCUUGAGAUGGUGGAACUGGGCGAGCGUAGUUGCUGGCUUGUUGGACGUGAGAGAGCUAUAGUGGACUUCCCUCUUGAUCAUCCCAGCUGCUCGAAACAACAUGCCGCACUUCAAUUUCGUUACGUCGAAAAGAAGAAUGAGUAUGGCGAUCGCAUUGGCAAGGUGAAGCCAUACAUCAUCGAUCUGGAGAGUGCGAAUGGAACCAGUGUCAACGGAGAUCCGGCUCCGGCUGGCCGCUAUGUUGAGGUAAUGGACAAGGAUGUACUUCGAUUCGGUCUUAGCUCUCGCGAGUACGUGAUGAUGCUACCGAGUUGA